CUCGCCGUAGCGCUUGAGAUGCACCCACUCCCCUGACUACCAAGUGCUGCGGACCUGGUGACUGUUUCUGGCCUUCUCAUCGGAAACCAAAUGCCUUCGGGCUGCUUGCCCCCAGAUACAAUGCUCUAUAAGCCAAUCCCACGCACACAGCCAAUGCUCACGUGAGCUAUAGCAUCCACGGCGUCCCUCGGCCUCGUUCGCGAUAGAGACAGGCACCCGCAGCGAUGGACCGUCCUGAACCGGGGUUGUUGAAGUGGUCGCCAAACGCGAAUCGUGACUCGUUUCUUCACAUCAACCUGCAGCACAGGGUGGUGCAGCUCUAUGAACCCACAGGCCAUGCGCACCGCGGCCGCUUCGACUACCGCAAGGUCUCCAAGCACGAUGAUGCGCCACCUUUGACCACUUACGAUUGGUCGCCCUCAACGCCCGGCCUGGUUGCCGUGGGCACGUCCACUGGUAUCGUCAAUCUGCUAAGGGUCGACGACAGCUCGAAUGCUUACAUGGAGCUGGGCCUUAAGGUGGCCCGCACAUGUCUGGCAGUUGCUUUCAACACCACUGGCUUGCUUGCUGUGGGCCUGGACAGGGUCAGGAACGACCAGUGCCUGCAUAUAUGGGACGUUAAUCGCCUCUCCACCAUCCAUGCCUCCGGCGCGGGCUUUUCCGCCAGCACAGAGCCUUUCAGAGAACCCUGGAAGCGACUCGAGCACAAUGCCUCCAUCUCGAGCAUCAAGUUCUUCGAGGACAACCCUCAGACCUUGGUGGUCGGCAUCAAGGGCUCUGGCCUCCGGCUCCAUGAUCUCCGAGAAGGGAAUGAGGCGGUUGUUACCUUCCAGACCAAAAACAACAACAAUCUUGCUAUCGACUAUGCAGACCAGAACUAUUUUGCCUCCUCCGCUUUGGACUCCCCAGGGGUCAUGGUGUGGGAUCGGAGAGCACUCAGCCGCAAUGUCGCCUCUCAGUCGUACCUGGAUGCCGUGGAUGCAGACGACAUGCCUUUCGGUGGCGCCUUGAAGCUUGACAGGGCCGUGGACAUAGAAAGCGAUCCCCAGGCCAGGACCGACAGAAACUCUUUUAUUCGGAAGCUUGCCUACUGCCGCGAUCACAGGGGCAUGCUGGCUGUCUUGUCCCGUCUCGGCCAGCUAAAAGUGUUUUCGACGCAGCCUUCCGAGUAUCUAUCCACAGACUCGGAAUCAGACAGCCCACAGCUACUCCAAGUGAGGAAGUCGAACGAGAUGGAUAACUUCUACUCGGAAGUUGAUCGGAAAAACGAGCGCAUCGUCUCGUUCGACUGGCUUACCAUGCCAUCUGCUGCACUUCGUCCGAGGCUCCUCGUGCUCCGCGCAAGCGGGGCGUUCGAAAUCCUCGAGGUGCCAGCUUUUACUAGGACCUAUCCGUAUAAACUGACGCCUUGGAAGGCGCCAUAUAGAGGUCUAGCAGAGGGAAGUUCGUAUCAUAACAUCAUGAAGUUUGAUACCAGCCAAACUAUCGAGACACUAGGGCCUUUCUUUGUGGAGAACGCCCUUUCUGAUAUCCCUAUAUUUGGCCCAGAAAAAGCCGACGUCGGUGCCAUAGCUGAGGAAGCCCUGAAGAAUUAUGCCCCGGAAGAUGACCUCUUGGUCGACGAGGCGGCAAACGCAAUGCCUCUUCCAGAUAGUUUUGUGGCUGCCAAGACUACUGCAGAAAAGCUGCAAGCAUUGAGGGCAUACAUCCAGGAUAUUACUGCCUCAAAAGAAUCCGACCCUGGGACACCCUCCAGGAAGCUGAGCUCGAUCUCACUGGAUCCAUCACCAGGUUCCUCGAACCGAUCUCUCCACGAGAACCUCCUCAGAUCUACAACGGAACUCACUGGGUUUCCAAAAGCCGCUCAAGUAGUUUUGGACCAUGUUAUGCUCCUGAGGGCGAAGGAGAAGUAUCUCUUCGACUGUCGUGUCAAUCGUGCUGUUGUCGCAGACGACCCUUGGCUGAAGGGUGUUUGGGGCUGGAUAGAAGGUGCCGAAGAAGCAUGUGAGGACGGCGGGAUGAUGUCGCAUCCAUUGGAUCUCAGCUACCUCGGUGUCAACACGAUAUGGACCAACAACCUUGGCGAGAGACCGAAUUCCAGGAUUGUCGAAGGAGCACCCCACGUUGGCACAGCCAUCUGGCAACGCUGCAUCAAUGGCAUAUGCAAGAGGCGCGGGCUGCACAACUUUGACGGCAUCGACACACAGAAACCUUACCAUCGCCAACUGAUGCUGGACAUCUGUUUGUGGGGCGCAUCUGCCGUUGCGGAAGACAGAGUGGAUAUCAGUGGCAGGAGCAUCGAGAAAGCAUCUUUCUGGUAUACUCGAAUGACCGCGCACGCUCUCUUCAGAGGCGACUCGGAGGGAGCAGUGCGGAUCCUCAAAGACGCCAGCAAGGCACACCCGGAACUUCUCUUCGUCUCACUCGCCCUUCAACUUGUAAGCAAGGGAGACCGGGACGUGGCGGCAGAACAACUGGACUUUGACGAGGCAGUCGCUGCGAAGGCUGACCCGUACCUCCGCGCAAUCUCGUCCUAUAUCGCAACCGGUGACUGGGCGACCAUCGCCAACCAGAGAUCUCUGCCCCUGCGCGACCGCACAUUCGUAGCUGUGCGCAACUUCGAUGACGAUCAGCUCACACAAUGGCUCGCCACCGAAGUCGAAGAGGCUGUUAGUGAGGGCGAUGUCGAGGGCAUCGUACUGACGGGAAUCACGGAGAAUAUGGUCGACAUUCUGGCCAAGUAUGUCGAGAAAUUCCACGACAUACAAACCGCCACGCUCGUCAUGUCCUUCUGCGCGCCACGCUACAUAGACGACUACAGGUGCACGGCAUGGCGGAACGCCUACCGCGAGUACCUGCAGCGCCACAAGGCCUUCUACCAGCGCACCAAGUUCGAGGUCGAGAGCACCAAGCGCAGCAAGCGCGACGGCCGCCCAACAAUCAAGGCGCCCUCGCGACAGAUCGCGCUGCGCUGCGUCUACUGCGACGCCGAGACCUCGCUACUACGCGCCUCGCCUGCGGCGCCCCUCACCGGAGGAGGACCCACGUCUGCGUCGAUCCCGGGGCCCUUCCACAACGGCAGGGGUGUCGUCCACACCCCGUACGCGGAGAAUCUGGCGACUCCGGGGAUCGCAUGCCCAAACUGCAAGAGGCACCUGCCGCGAUGCGUCGUCUGCCUCGAGGUCGUGGGCAUCCCGAGGUCGGACACCCCUGCGGCCGCUGCGGAUCCCGAGGCGACCAAGCUGGCCUCCCGCUUCCCUACGUUCUGUCUCAAGUGUGAGCAUGUCCUGCACUUGGACCACGCGAGGCAGUGGUUUGCAAGGCAUAAUGAGUGCCCUGUCCCCGAGUGUCGAUGUCGGUGUAAUUUUAGGGCAAAUCCGGAGUUGAACUACCGUUGA